AAAAUGGUGGACGCCAGUGGCGGCGCAUGCGCAACCCCGUUUACUACGCCGCGACGGGAAAGUGAGACGUGAAGGCGUGCGUGGAGCGGUGGCGCAUUGUUUAAUGAGGAGGAACCCUCGGAGCGCGUUAGGUUCAACUGAUCGACUUUCAUCGAGAUGUUUGGUUUCCAUAAACCAAAGAUGUACCGCAGUCUAAACGGCUGCUGUAUCUGCAGAGCAAAGUCCUCCAGCUCACGCUUCACGGACAGCAAACGCUACGAGCGAGACUUCCAGAGCUGCUUCGGCCUCUGUGAAACACGCUCUGGAGAAAUCUGUAACGCGUGCGUGCUGUUGGUGAAGCGUUGGAAGAAGCUUCCUGUCGGAUCCAAAAAGAACUGGAAUCACGUGGUGGAUGCGAGAGGUGGCCCCAGCCUGAAGAUGACGGUGAAGUCUAAGAAGGUGAAGCCUCUUUCCAGAAGAAUCCGGCCGAGUCAGAUCCACCGAGUGCAGAACGAGCUGAAGAGAAACAAUUCGGAUGCUCACAGCACCACCUCCAGCGCUAGUCCCGCCCAGUCUCCCAGCUACAGCAACCAAUCAGACGAGGGUUCGGACUCCGAGUUGGCUCCCGGUUCUGCUCGCUCUCCAGUCUUCUCCUUCCUGGACCUGACCUACUGGAGAAGGCAGCGCGUUUGCUGCGGCAUCAUCUACAAGGGUCGCUUUGGAGAAGUGCUCAUCGACCCCCAUCUCUAUAAACCCUGCUGCCAAAAGAAACAGGAGCAGAGCCCUGAGGAAGAGGAGGAGGAGGAUGAGCAGGAGGAAGAGGAGCCCGAGCUGGAGAAGGAGGAAGGGCAGGAGAACGGGAGCGUGCUGGCUUCUCCGCUCGCUCCGCCCGAAUCUCCACCCCCGCCUCUAAAACCCGAGCGAGACGAAGAAGACGAGUGGUGACUCGGACUCACAGGGACAAUUACGGGGUCUGAAGUGUUCAGACGCUCGUAAAGAAGUCCUCACUCUUUCAAUUUUCUUUUUUCUUUCUUUUUUUUAUUUAAUCCAAGAGCAGCUGGAACCUUUUCUCGCCGGUGGAAUGAACAAGCUUACUGUGUGUAAUUCAACAUAUAGAUUACUUUUAGCGAGUGUGUGUGUGUGGGAAGAGUUGCGUUUAUUUUUAUUUUAAGCUUCUGAUCGAGAUGCUGGAUUUCUGGACAGCAUGAAAAAGUAGAAGGUGCUCAAGUCAGUGGAGAAAAAUCUUCUUAUUGUCAUUAUUGUUGUUUUGGGUUUUUUUAGUGACACGACUGAGCCGGGAAGUAACGAUCCCUUUUUUCGCUCUGUUGUUAGAACUCGUGCUCAACUCGAGACGCUCCCCGAGUCCAGCAAGUGGCGUCAAAGUUGACACAGCAGCACUUGUGUGUAUACUUAAAAAUAUUCGCUUUCAAUCGAGCAAUAUACAGGCGUAUUCACGUGAACAUCUGCGUCGCCCAGCUGUGAUGCCCUCAGGUAUCUCACAUUAACGUGCUCACAUUAUUACAGUGGGGUAUUCCCAGUGACCACCACAUGUACAUGUGUUAAUAUUUUAUAAUCUUCAUAUUUUUCUUCCCAGCAAUAUCCAUAGCCUGCAUGAGCUCUCCACGCAAAGCAAUUUUACCCCGAAAACGAGUAUCCGCAUGAAUCUUGCACGGCCGUGUGGGGGAAAAGCCACAGAGAUCGAUUGCGCUUUUGUUUCCGCCAGUUUUUGAUACAACAAUAAUGAAUAAAUAAAUCAUAUAUAUAAAUAACUAUAUAUAUUUUUGUAGGGAAAAAAAAAUACCAAAAAAAAGAGAAAUUAUGGCACCGUCGUGUUUGUGGAUGUAAUUUUUUUUUUUUUUUUUUUUUUUUUGAUUCAAAGUCAAACUAAUUUUAAAAGCGAUUUUGAAUUUGAUAAGAAAAUAUCAAGUUUUAUUUAUUUACGCUCAUUUACUGACACUCGCUCUAACAUACAGUUACCUCCUGUCUUCAGUCUGUAAAUAGUAUCGUGGGUGAAAUUUAUUUGAACGGUUUGAACGAUAUCCAUUUUCUCGUGGCUUUUUUUUUGCUUUUUUUUUUGCGCUCACACUCUGAUUAUUGAUUGCUUUUUUGUUUUGCUUUGUUUGAAGGGCAUUGUCUAUUUUAUUUCCUUUUGUAUCAAAAAUGCUGAACAUUUUCUGUUAAAAAAAACAAAACAAAACAAAAAAAAUUCCACUCUGAUGUAAUGUACAACAAGGGUUUAAAAAUGUUUUUUUUUUUUUUUUCUCCUCCCCCUAAAACAUUUAUUCACAAAGCUGGUGCUAAAUAGCAGUCCAUGGGAUUUGACCAAAAAUUAUAUGGUGAUUCAUGAUGAAAAAAGAAAUGAAUGACGUCAAAAAUCAAUGCGUCCGUUUAGUAUUUGCUAUAAAAUGGAUAAAAAAAUUGUCUAUCAAUAAUAAACAUUUAUUGUGAUAUCAGUAUUUGGAGCUCAAUCAGAACUAGUAAAGAAUCGCACAACUUGUGUACAGCAGAAGCAAUAAAACAUCUGCAGGUCAUGUUUCAUGUCUCAGAUUCAAAAGGAACGGUUUAUUCUUUCUUUUGUUCCCCAAAGAAACACAUUCUUUAUUUCUUCAAAUGAAAAACACUCCAUUAACAAAAAUUUUUUGUUUUUGUCUUUCACUGUUGGCAGCUGCGUGACGUUUUCCUUCAUCAUGUUCAUUACCCAGACUCUGCGCUCGUCCGUCUCUCUGUACAUAAUCAAAGAUAUUUUGAACUGUAUGGUUAUAAUAUUUCUUUGUUAUUUAUUUCGUAUUUAUUUUUCAACACAUCGCAUUUAAGUUAAAAAAAAAAACUAGGAACGUUUAAGGAAAAACCAUCGCACCGCAACCCGUGAGGUUCUUUUACUCCGAUUUCACACUCCAAGCACAUCGUGACGGCUGUAUUUAAUCGUGUCACGUGAUGCCGGUACCUGCCUGUUACUUCGCUUCGGUUUUCUUCUCCUCUAAGUAGGUGGUUCUCUUUACAGGCAUGUAUUGUAGCUAUGCACUUUGUAUGAACUUUUAUUAGGAUUAAAAACAAAUUAAUUUUUUGAAUUUUUUACAUACUCUACUUUUUACUUGUAACUAAAUAAAUGUAGCUUGUGAUGUUA